ACAUGAUGCCUCCUGCAAGUCAACUCGUGUACUCUGGCAAACAGAGCUGAAAUAUUAGAGUUCUAUUGUAUUGGAGGAGGGUGGCGUGACACAUCGCCGCACUCCUGAACGCUCUGUUUCUUCUGGUUGGACCGGAGUGGACCAUCAGUGACCAAACUGGCCGGCAGACCGGGAUUUCUACUCGGUCUAUUUUUGAUAGACACAUUUUAGUCUCUGCCGACCUCGUUAUCUUGAGGCUCCCCGAACCCUAGUGUUUCACCAAAAGCAUGGUCAUGGCUGACUGUCACCAAAAGCCAGUGCUCCGGGGUCCGGUACGAGUGGGCUUCUACGAUAUCGAGCGGACUCUAGGAAAGGGCAAUUUCGCGGUUGUAAAACUGGCAAGACAUCGUAUAACCAAAACAGAGGUGGCUAUAAAGAUCAUCGACAAGACCCAGCUGGAUGCUAUCAACCUAGAGAAGAUCUAUCGUGAAGUACAAAUCAUGAAAAUGCUGGACCAUCCGCACAUCAUUAAACUGUACCAGGUCAUGGAGACCAAGAAUAUGCUGUACCUAGUGACAGAGUAUGCCAAGAAUGGGGAAAUUUUUGAUUAUCUAGCCAAGCAUGGACGGCUGAGUGAACCAGAGGCACGGCGUAAAUUCUGGCAAAUUCUAUCUGCUGUCGAGUACUGUCACAAUCGUAACAUUGUUCACCGGGACUUGAAGGCGGAGAACCUGCUGCUAGAUGGACACAUGAACAUCAAGAUUGCUGAUUUUGGCUUUGGAAACUUCUUCGAGCUAGGAAAGCCCCUGGCCACAUGGUGCGGCAGUCCUCCAUAUGCAGCCCCGGAGGUUUUUGAGGGACAGCAGUAUGAGGGACCCCAGCUGGACAUCUGGAGUAUGGGGGUAGUCCUGUACGUGCUGGUGUGUGGGGCCCUGCCCUUUGAUGGCCCCUCUCUCCCUGUCCUGCGGCAGCGUGUUCUGGAAGGCCGUUUCCGUAUCCCUUACUUCAUGACAGAAGACUGCGAGCAUCUGAUCAGGCGGAUGUUGGUGUUGGACCCUUCCAAACGUCUGUCUAUAGGACAAAUAAAGGAGCACAAGUGGAUGGUUAUGGAGGUCCCCGUGCAGAGGCCGAUGUUAUAUCAGCAGACUGCAGAGGGGGAGGCUGGGGUGGGAGAAUACAGUGAGCAGGUGCUCAGGUUAAUGCACAGCCUGGGCAUCGACCAGCACAAGACCGUAGAGUCUCUUCAGAAUAAGAGUUACAAUCAUUUUGCUGCUAUCUACUAUUUGCUGGUUGAGAGGUUGAAGGCACAUCGCUGCAGUUUCCCUGUUGAACCCCGUCUUGAUGCCCGCCAGAGACGGCCCAGUACGAUCGCCGAGCAAACCGUCAUCAAGGCGAGCAGCACUGCUCCUCAGGUGAGCCUCCUGCCUCAGAAUGUACGGCUCCUGCGCUCCCCAGCAGUGCCUCAAGCCUCCGCGGACUCCUUCACAUUCCCACAGUCCUCCUGUGCUGCCGAGCACAGCCUCAUGGAUGAGGAGGUUGGAACUCCCAAAGUCAACGGCUGCAUGCUAGACCCCCUGCCCCCCGUGGCCGUUCGCAAAUCCAGUGCCUCAUCCCCCAGCAACAUGAUGGAGACUUCUAUAGAUGAGGGCAUCGAGACAGAGGAGCUGGACACAGAGGAUGACCCUAUCCAUGUCUUCAACGCCUAUCAGACGGCCCGUUUCGGGCAGCGCAGACACACGCUGUCAGAGGUAAUCAACCAGCCAGGAGUCAUGACCAAUGCAGGUAAGUUGUUCAGCAUGGGUCAUAACCCAUCUCUGGGCAGCGUUGAUUCAGAGUACGACAUGGGCUCCAUGCACAGUGAUCUGAGUCUGCUGGAGGACACGCCCUCUCUUAACGAUGUGGUCCUGGCCAACACGCCUGUCACCAGCAUGACUCCGCCCUUCAUCAGUCCUCGGCCUGCUAACCCUGCCAUGCAGGCACUGAGCGCUCAGAGGAGAGAGACGCACAACCGCUCUCCCAUCAGCUUCCGGGAGGGCCGUAGAGCAUCAGACACUUCACUCACACAAGGCUUGGUGGCCUUCAGACAGCACCUACAGAACCUGGCAAGGACCAAAGGUAUCCUGGAGCUAAAUAAGGUGUACGAGCAGAUGGACUCUGGAGAAAACCCUUCCCUGGGGCUGCUAAGCCCUCAUGCCCAUCAGCAUGGCUUGCUGGACCCUGCUGUACAGGAGGAAAGAGGUCACCAGCACGACAUGGCUCUGUGCUCAGGUGAAACACAUCCUGCGCUGUUGUCAAGGAGACAGAGUCUGGAGCCGCAGUACCUCUCUCAUAGAAUACAGAAAGCUACGCUCAUGGCGAACAGCCCCGGCAGUUGUCAGAUGUUCUGCAAAGAAACUCCUCGCAGUCUGGAGCAGCAGCUGCAGGAACACAGGCUGCAGCAGAAGCGGCUAUAUCUCCAUAAACAAUCCCAAAUGCAGGCCUUCUUCAAUCAGAUGCACAUUGUAGAGAACCCCUAUGCUUCUUGUCAACCUAUGGGGCACCAGGACUCAGGAAUUCCUCCUCAGACACAGGGUUCCAUAAUACCAGGACAUCAGCAACACCAGAGUCCCCAAGCCUCCCCUCCAUAUGCACAUGCACAACCCCUCUGCCCUCUAAUGGAGCCCAACCCAGAAGCCCUAGCAUAUGAGCCUUACCUGGGCCAUUUCCCUCAGAUGCAGCCAACACCUCUACCACAAGGCUUCUCCGCUCAGCUACAGGGCCAACAACCGGAACCCCAAAACUACAGCUACCCAACCUGUGAUCCAAGCCACUCUGCCUCGGGAGAAACACUGUACCAGGAGCAAUACAACUACCCGCUUGAUCCAGGGCAGCCUCCUCCAACGGGCCCAGAAGGGGGUGCUGCAACUGGAUACGAAGGGCUGGCGCUGGGUGACCCCUUUCUGGACAGUGAAAUGAUGGAAACGGUGGACUCCCAGCAUGGUUUUGUGCUGGUGAACUAAGUCAAGACAGUGAAAAUAACCAGUAUUACCUUGACUGAUGAAUGAAAUGAUGGAGAUUAGGUAACGGGGAUGGAUCAAGUUUUGUAUUGUCAACAUUUUAUAAUGUGGCGAACGUGAGCUGUAAUCAUUUUUAUUUUACGAAACUCCUCCCUACCUCCCUCCUCAUUCUUCGGUGGUCCCACCUGCUGCUCUGUCUCACAAAGUAGAGGCUGGAUAGUGUGGCAUUUGGGCCAGCAUGGGGCCGGCUGUGUGGGAGCUCACCUCUGAGCUGACUGCAGGAUAGGAGCUGCUCGCUACGCAUUGUACGUAGCACAAAGACAGCCUAAAUCUGCAAUACAGAGCCUGCUCAACAGCACAAUUAAAUACUGACACAUUAUGUACUGAAAGUGAAAAAAAAAAUCAAGCUCAAAAACUUUCAUUAUAAAAGACUGCUUAUUGUUGUGCACACUUAAUAAGUGCAAUGUUAGUUAAAACACAUGGCAAUAUUGAAGCAAUAUACUGAUUCAUCUGGAAGCCAUAAGUAGGAAUUACACCACCCAAAAAUAUUUCAAUGGCUCAAGCUUUGUGUGGCUGAAACUGUGAUUCUCACUAGAUUCCCCCUCAUCCUUAUCCUUAUUUUGUUCCUUAGUAUUACAGUUCCUCUGCAUCAGCACAUGAGUGAUUCACCAUGGAGGGGUGAGACACAACACUUUUUCCACAAUGAUGAUUAAUGGGGAGUGGUUUGUGUUUCAGGUGACAUCACCUCCAUGGGCGUUGUCAGUUUAGGCAGGCAUUUAAAUGAUUUAGAGUGUUCAGUUAUGAUUAUUUCGGUGGUAUUGCUCUUUACACUAAACCAGAAUACAUCAGCAUUUCAGAAUUGCAGUAAACUCCACACAUUUAGUCACAAGACACUGGAUUUCGGCCAAUUCGCUGCGUUACCAUUACGACAGACAAAAAAAUGGAGAUUGUUUUUACUAGCAGCAUUUAGUAAAUCUGUUCCACUUGAAAUUACAGUCUGUGACUAAACCCAGAUGCUACUUUAUACAGAAAGAUGAUGAAGAAAAUGUUCGUAUAAGGUUCAGGACUUUGUAACAGAAGAUGAAUUCUAAAGCUAUUAAGGCAGAUACAUAUACUAGAGCACUUUGUCGAGGAAAAAAAUGGAAAUGUAGCUUAGGAGGAGAUGGCAGAUGGGUGAGGUGAACCUGCUCUGCUAGUUUCAUCAACUAAGAAACACAAAACUCAUCUCUUUUCAAUAAUGGACUCUCUACAAGUCAGCGCUCUCAAAGAAGGAUGCAGAGAGAGCGUGUCUUGGUGAUUGUUCGACAUGCUUUUGUGUAAAGUAGGGGCUAGAAACUUUGAAAGUGCUUUCAAAAUGCAGCAAAUAUUGUAUUUAAUGUGAUAGUAUUCGGUGUGCCUUUUUCUUUGUUCUUUUAAAGUUAAGAUUUUUAAGGGAUAGUUCACCCAGCCAUGAAAAUUCGAUCAAUAUUUAUUCAGCGUCAUAUUGUUCACAUGACUUUCUUCCGUGGAACACAAAGACAUAUUUCAAUGUAUUGGUUGCGGUUUUUCAUGCAAUUACAAUGAAUGGGGACUGAAGAUUUCAAGAUUCAAAAAGUAUGUAAAAGCACCAUAAAACAUCAUAGAAUGUUUAAUAACUGGUCGCUCUUGUCCAUGCAGUUACUAUCAAAGGCAACUGAAGCUUUCAGGCUUCAAAAGUGAUGUAAAAGCACCAUAAAAGUAUCAUAGAAGUGGUGCAUAUGACUCACGUAUUCCAAGUCUUCUGAAGCUAUACAGUAGCUUUGUGUAAGAAACAGCACAAAAUUUAGGUCAUUAUUCACUGAUAAUCUGAAACCUCCACAAACGGAUAAUUUAGUCAGUGAGUUGAACGGAUCAGUCCUAUUCAUGACAUACCAUUCAGACAGGUUUUGAGAACCAGACCAACCAUUUCAUUGAAUAGUUCUAACUGGAAAGAAUGAGUCAUUGAUCAUGCCAAAGAGAGCUAGAGCGAUUGUCAAGAUUUUCCGUUAAUAACGACUUGAAUUUUGGUCCAUUUGUUAAUGAAAGCUAAUGUAUUGCUUCAUACGACUUGGAAUAUACUGUAGCGCAUAAGUUACAUGGACUACAUGAACUAUCCCUUUAAUAACUAGCUUUUCAGUUUCUAUUGGUAUUGUUACAUGACAAAUGUAGACCCAGGUUUUACAAAGGUACAAAACCAAAGUCCCCUCAGAAGUAUUCAUGUAUAACCCCACCAUGUGGAGUUGAAGCUUCUUAGUCAGCUUGGUAACAGUGCUUUUUUUAUUUUUGUAAAAAAUUAAACUUUUUUUUUUUUUUUUGGUCAAUCAUUAUAUGCCAUUGAAAAGUAUUAAUAGCAAUAUUUCUUAUAAUAAUAGUCCUGAAAGAACAGAUUAGUGAACGUGUUGCCAUAUCUUAAUCACACCUCUUGCUGGCAAACACCAUUCCUUAGAAAUCCAAUUCUGCAUUUACCUUCAUAGUUGCUGAACACACAUAAGCUAACGUGCUGUUAAGAUAAAAAAAAAAAAAAAAAAAAAGGUUUAUUGAACAAAGAGAUUUGUGUCUGUUUAUUUUUGCAGGUGGGAAUUUCAGUAUCACAACUCGCAUUGUUCUGUAGAGUUACCCAGCUUGGUUACAAAUAGCCUGUGUUUACAUUCAAAAAGGAAUUUCAGACUAUAUCUGUAUAUGGAGAAGAUGAAUACAGGUUUUGUGUCUAAGAAGGGGUCAUUUUGUAGAUCAUUUUGGCAGCAGAAAAAAAAAUUGUACGAAAAAAGUAUAUUUCACAUGUGCUGCCCAUUUCAAUUUAGUCCGAUUUAAAAUGUUGCAUUUAGUUAAUAGCAAGAACAAAAAGCAGUUAAAAUGUAAAACUGAAGAAAAUUUUUUUUAUUUAGUGUUGAUCUACUUGGGCGAACCUUACAAAUCCAAUCAAGAGCAUGUCUGAUCUCACAGUGAAAUCGGAAAUGUCUCCAUUACGACUGGAACCUUGGUUCCCUAAAAGAAGGGAAAGAGAGACUGCAUCAGUAGCUGGCACUAUGGGAACUCCUCCCAGGAGUGAUGAUCUCGGAGGCCUUUUAAAAUAACGACAGUCUAUUGGUAGAUUGCGCUUGAUGCUUCACCCCUGAUACACGCAUCAUCACGGGCAUAUAAACCUGAACACAGUGCUAUUUUAUCAGGAGUUUUUGAAUGAAGGGAGGAGAAUGCAUCUCUCAGACCCUUAAAGGUAUAGUUAAGAUUUAAAUUAUCUUUUAUUUACCCUCAAGCCAUCCCAGAUGUGUAUGACUUUCUUUCUACAGAUGAGAUGUCAUGUGGUGUCCGAAGCAUUGAUCUGUGGUGUGUCGUUUUUAACAAACACUGCAAUGGCGGCAGCACCAGAGACCAGAAAUCUAACUGAAUAGGGAGAGCAUCAAGUCAUAAUAAGCUAGAAUAACUGCCCCGGCGGCACCAACACACUGAAUACCAUUCAACCUCACCUGAGAGCGUACAUGUCUCACUAAUAAAGCCUAACGACAAAAUAUCCCUGACAUCAUGCUUGCCGUAGUGAGCUGUAAAUCGCAACAGGCGGACUGAAUAGGUGAAGCUGCUUGAGAUGAAGACAAGAGACACAAGACUCAAGCCGGAGACAAAUCAUCCUUAAAUUCUCCAUGCUCCAUACCCCGUCCUCACUAGAUACAGGGAGGAAAAAGGGAACUGCCGUCAGCUUUCCCAGAAAGCAAGCCAACAUCGAAGUGUUUCGAGUUUCAUGCUCGCAAUUAACAAUCAAUAUCAGCGAGCACCGAGUCAGCGUGGGCUAAGCUCAGGCGAUAAACGUGCCUGACAGGGAUAAACGUCAGCAAUAUAUUGCAUCCCCCUCAUCAUAAUCUCAGACAAACAUGACCAUUCCAUGCACACAAUGUGUGCAUGAUAUGGAACGGCUUCGGCUUUCAGAACGAAAGCGAGCCGAGAGCGAAGUGUCAUAAGUUUCAUGCAUUCACAGUGAACAGAAGACGCUUAAUAUGGAGGAGAGAAGGCUACAAGGCUGGGCCAGUGACAAAUCCUCCUCAAAUUUCCGCACUCUAUUCCCAUCCUUGUGCCCACAGAAGGAGUAUAGAGGAAGGAGAGAGGAGCGGAUUCGGCUUUCAGAAUGAAAGCGAGCCGAGAGCAAAGUGUCAUGAGUUUCAUGCGUUCACAAUGAAUGCAAUCAGUCUCAACGAGUGCAGCUUAUAAAACAGCACUCGUUCCCAUCAGACAUAGGUAGAUCUCACUCAUAAGGUGAAAAACAUUUUGCGUUAUCUUGAGAAAGACAUUAACCAAAUGUCUCAUGUUUACAUUCAAAACACACAACAAUCACAAUGUAAUAGCGUUUAAAACGCCGAAGUGAUAAGGGAUACGCUGUUCGUCAGAGCACAUACAUGGAGAUAGAAAAUAAUCCACCCGCUGUUAAAAUGUGCAGAUUAAACAACGUAGCAAAGAUUCAGGCCUCCAUAAAACAAGUGAUCUCAUCGUGACCCUAAAGAGAAAAAUCCUGAUGAAAUGGGGCUGUGCUCCAGUUUAAAUGCCCACGAUGAUGCAUGCAUCAGUGGCAGAGCGUCAAGCGCCAUCUGCCAAUAGACUGGCAUGCUUUUAAAGAGCUUCAGAGACAGUCACUCCUGGGAGGAGUUCCCAUAGCUUCAGCUACUGACGCAGAGUCGAAGUGAUGACUCGUCACUGAUUAUGCGAACGCGAUUACUUCCUGAUUCCAACAGGGUAUCCGAACCCGGGUCAUCCACGCUACUUAAGCAAAAUGCUUCCGGUCGCACCACAGGGGAAGGUAAAACCAUUGGAGCUGAUGCAAAAUGUCUGAUAGGAGAUGCCACUUGUCAGUAAACUGGCAUAAUAUGCCAGAUCCUAGGGUAUUGGAACUCUCAGAAACAACAUGACAAUUUCCCGUGUGAUCAUGUUGGCAUAUUUCACCCCACAACCAAAAGAUGGAAAUAAGAAAUGUAUAUUUCACAAAAAGAAAAUUAAGCCAUUUUUGUGACCUGUGUAAAAACUCAUGACUGUGAUUCUGACUAUAAAUUUAAAAGUAUUUAUACAUACAUCAUGGUAAGAAUUGUUGUAUUUAAUUUAUAAUAAUAAAAAAGCAUUGUAUUAAAGUAAAAACACUGUAUUUACACCUUGCAAUGUCAGGAUGGUUGACAAGUUAUUGAAUGUAAUGGCAUGACGCUAAUAACGGCUACAGUAACAAAUAUGGUUAAUGUAAUAACACUCCCAUUGCUGUUUUAUUACAGCAUAAUUAGGAGGUUAUCAGCAUUCAACCUCAGAGGAACAUCCUGAUUGAGAUAGAUUAAUUCAGUCUGCUAAACUGGACAGAUGCAAUUGACCCAACGAAGUCAGUGUUUGCUGACCUGUAUCUAAGCCCCAGGCACACAUUAUUCAUAGUAUUGUGCUGUGGACAUGUCUAAUGGGAUUUGAGGCUAUAUAGUAUACAGUAUAUACAUACACACACUGAUUACUAGAUUACACAAAAUGAUGUUAUACAGAUCACUCACCAUCAACAAACAAAACAUAAGACAUAACAUUCUAUUCCAAGGCCAUUUGAUUUUUGUUAAAACAGACACCUGUCACCAAUGGAAGACAACUGAAACCUGAGGGAAUAUAGGAAUAAAGUAACUGACAGAUAAACAGGACAGUUAAGACCUUUAUUAAGAGUAUUUUGGAUGAAAUGCUGGAUGAAGCAGCAAGAGCUUGUAGAAGAGGAGUGAUGUGAGCUGAAAUUGAGAACUCUUGCUGCUGAGAUUUGUAUAUAUCGUUGUCUAGCAAUGUUUUUGUUGGGUAGGCCAAUGA